AUGGAGGGCAAGGCGGUGGGCUUCUCGGCCGCCGACUGCGGCGCCGACGCGGCGGCGGACGAUUUCAAGUACAUCACCGGGAUGAGCACCAUCCUGGUGGCCACCAUCCAGGAGGUGAAGGACCGGGUCUCCCAGAUGGAGUUCAUCUUCUGCAGCCAGAUCUUCCCGCACUUCCAGGCCAAGUCCAAGCUCCUCCACGCGCGGCUGGCCGAUUCCACCGCCACGAGGGAGGCCGAGGAUGAGUGGCGGCAGAGGGAGGCCGGCCUGCUGAGCCAGCUAGAGGAGCUCAACCGCGGGAAGCGGCGCGCGGAGGAUAGGCUGCUGCAGCUGGAGAGCUCUCUCGAGGAGAUGCGAGGGAUGCUCGUGAACGCCGACCGGUUGGCUGCGGAGCACGAUGCCGAGAAGAAGCAUCUUCUGGGGAGAUUGGAGGAGGAAAUGAAGAAAGAUGAGGUGAUCUGCCGGCUCGAAAGGGAGAUCGGGGAGAAGGAUGCUGAGAUGUCAAGGGUGAGGGGGAGAUUGGAGGAGGAAAUGAAGAAGGACGAGGUGAUUCGUCGGCUCCAAAGGGAGAUUGGGGAGAAGGAUUCUGAGAUAUCAAGGGUGAGGGGGAGAUUGGAGGAGGAAAUGAAGAAAGACGAGGUGAUCCGCUGUCUCGAAAGGGAGAUUGAGGAGAAGGCUGCUGAGAUAUCUAGGGAGAGGGGGAGAUUGGAGGAGGAAAUGGAGAAAGACGAGGUGAUUCGUCGGCUCGAAAGAGAGAUUGGGGAGAAGUCUGCUGAGAUUUCAAGGGAGAGGGAGGCCCAUCAGCGGCUGAGACAGCAGCUGGAGUUGAAGGAUAAGGAUCUUCUUCUUGAGCAGAAUAAAUUCAAUCACGCGACGACACAAUACAAGCAUCUCAAGUCUGAGCACAACUAUCUUCUUGGAAAGAUUGCGGAGAUGGAAGGCUCCAAGAUUGACCAGAAUGAAGGCUCCAAGAUUGACCAGAAUGAAGGCUCCAAGAUUGACCAGAAUGAAGGCUCCAGGAUUGACCUGAAUGAAGGCUCCAAGUCCCCUGUGAACCGGAAGGCCUCUGGAAGUCCUCCAAGUAAGAGAAAGCUAAAAGAUUUCCAGGACACGAAAAAUGAGAGCAUUCAGGUAGUUUCUAAGACUGAAGACCAAAAGAAUUCUCCUAGUUCACGUGCGAAGGCCCAAAAUGCUACCUCUGCCAGGAGCGUGUUAAGUAACUCGCGCCUUUGUUUACCACCUCAUGCAACUAACCCUCCGCACAAGAGUGGUGCUAGCACUUCAAAGACAGAGGCAUCAUCUAGUUUCACCCGCCCAAGUCUACACUGGAGGGAAACUCGUGUGCGUAAGGAACCAGGUGUUGUUGAUCCACAUGAUGAUUUUCUUGAUACUCCUCUGGAGGCUGUAAAAAAUACGAUCAGGAACCCUACAACUAGAGAAGAAGCACUAGCUCUUGCUGCCCCUCCUCCCCAAGAUAUGGACUUCAAUAACUCAGAUGAUGAGACUCAAGACAUCAAUAUUGUCGCUCAGGGCCUCAACAACAUACCAGUUCCGAAGCAGCGAAGCUCAAUUUCAAUCCAUCCACCGAAUAAAGAUUUCAAAUAUACAGAACCUGUAAGAAAGAAAGCUGAUCGGGCGAAUCUGAAAGGUGUUGAAUGCAAGCAGUGCAAGAAGUUCUAUGACGCUGUGCUUCCUGAUGGCCGUGUAAAUGGUGAUGGUGCUACAAGUAUGAGGUGCGAGCAUCAUGAUGGUGUGUCUAGACACAGAUACAGGUAUGCCCCUCCAUUGACACCUGAAGGGUUUUGGAACAUUGGAUUUGAAUCAGAGAUGUAG